UUUUAAUAUUUAUUUCGUCACAUUUUCUCACUUCUUAUUAAUAUUAUUAUUUGAUAAAUUAGUUACUAAAUUGUUUAUAUCAUUUGUUAGAUGGACAGGUGCAGGUUCAAGAUAUUAUGAAAAUCCAAGCCAUGACACUAUUUCUUACCGAAAAAAGUUUGAUGACAUACUACCCCAUGAUUUUAAAUGGAGACCAUACAAGAAUGUUCCACACAACUUGCCUGAAGAAUAUUGGGAGUGGACUGCAACAAGUUACCUUAUAUGUUUUGACAAAGUUGAAUGGCAUCCAACUGAUAGGGUCAAGCUCCAAUUUGGUCUGCCACAAGAAAUACCAGGGCCCCCACGAGACAUGACACAGUACCAUGUAAUAGACAAACGGUUCAAGACGUGGUACAAAUCAAAUGGUUAUCGCUUUCCAGAAGAGUGCGAACAUUGGGACAACCGACGGAGCCAUACUUUACCACGCAUGCGGCCAAGAUCACUCACCCACACUCAUGCGUAUAUUGAGUGGUUGACAACCACAUGCAACCCACGUCUAAGGAUUUCAAUUGAAACAAACCCAUCAAAUUCAGAUCCAGACGAAGCCGAAGAGCCGGAACAUGAACCUGAAAUUCGCAACAACCAAACACCAAUUCAUGAUGAUUUUUGGGAUCAAGACAUUUUUUCUCAACUACAUGAUCAUCAAUCCCAACCACAUACAACCCAAAACAUUCAUGGUUCUGUAAUGUAUGAAUUUCUCGACACCCCCCAACAAAACAUCAUCCAACCACCACCAUAUACCUCCCCGAGAAAUGCAUAUGAGCCCCAUUAUCAGUCAACUUAUGGUUACAAUGACCCAAACCAAGCUGGCGCAUCCAACAACAACUACUUCUCCUAUAAUGACCCAAACCAAGCUGGACCGUCCAACACCAAUUACCCCCCCUACAGCAACCCACAAUACCCAAUGUACACCAACCAAAACUACAACCACCCACCAACACCAACAAACCUAUUAUCUCACUUUUCUCCGGCUUCGUUGAACUCUACUGAUCAAUUUCUGGAUAUGGGAUGGCCAACAAGGGAACACGAUGUGUCAUUGUCAUUGGGUUAUGGUAGUCAAAUACAAUCAGCUGCAGAUAACAACGACGAAGACCAACAUGACCCUCAAGUAAAUCGCGGAAGAAAUCGUCGAAGACGAGGGUGUGGGACAGCCGGGCAUUUAUAAUAAUUGUAGAUAUCAUGAUAUUUAAUAUGUUUAUUAUUUUUUUUCCUUCUUUUUUUUUAUUAUUAUUUUUUAUUUUA